GUCUCGCAGUGGCCAUAUUUGUUGAUGUGUCAUAUCCUUAUAUCAAAGUGACUUGUUGGGACUAUCAUCUGUCUUUCAGGAUCAAAGUUCACUAUUACCUCUGUUGACUCUGCAUUGAACCAUUCAUGAAUUGUAUAAAUUUGAUUUGAGGAGUGGGUGGUCCCAGGGUGGAGCCUGGACAGCCUCCAUUCUAUCUACACAAAAUGGAUGUAUCAGAGGCUGAAGCAGUUUGUGAUGAGGUCCCACACAACAGCACAGCUAAUGCUAAUGAGGAGCAUCUUAAUCGGACAAUUGAAGUUGAACAGUGCAAUCAAGUGAAAGAUGAAGGAGAUGCUGGAAUAAAUAACACAGUCACUGACACAUUAAUUCAGAAUACAAAGGAGUCACUCUCGGUAUCUUUAGACCAGAAGAUUGAUUUGGUUGAUGAUGCAGUUAACCAUACAAGUACAUCUCCUACGGAUGGUGAUGGAUCUUUCAAAGAAAAUAAUGCUGCUUUGAUUACCCCUGUUAGUACAAUAGCAAAUGUUGAAGAAUCUCCCCCCUCUGGUUUUGAAGGCACUAAUGAAACCUCAUUGACUGAUAAAAUCUGUGAUUCCCCCAUCGUUACACCAGACAGCCCAGAAAAGCUAGUAGUCAUGGUUGAUGCGUCUGCUGUUGAGAAACAAGAAUCAGGUGACUGUUCAUCUUCUCAACAAAGCUCUUCUAACAACUCACUCAAUGACUUGACAACAUCUACAAUCUCUAAUGGCUCAUCUACCCCCAAAACGGAUACUAUUGGUUCCUCUCCUGCAACAAGUCCUCAAAUCAAUGCCACAACUCCAGCUCCUAACAUUUUGUCAAGCCCUUAUGACACAGAUUGCACCCGAAACCUGAUUUCACAGAUUGAGAAUUCACUAUCACAAGAAUCACUGUUGGAAGAGCUAGAGUCUGAGCUUUUAUCUUGUCAAAAAUCUGAAAAUGAACGUUCCAAUGGAAUAAAGGAAAGCCCUCUCAUCAAUGGACUAUCCCCAGACCAAGAGGACUGCAUGGCUGUUUUUGAGAAGUGUGUACAAUACAAGUAUGCACAACAAGAAAAGGCUAUUCAGAGGUUGUUAGAGGAGAACAAGAGGCACCAGGAGCUCAUCUUGGGCAUCUGUGCGGAGAAGGACACCAUGAGGGAUGAGCUGAAAAAACGGUCUGAGACAGAGAAACUACACUUAACUACAAUUAGCAAGUUGGAGGGUAGGGUGGAGGAGCUGCUGAGAGAGCUGAAGCACUCAAAAGACAAACUCACACACCAGGACAAUGCGUCCAAAGCCUCAAUUCUGCAAAUGCAGAAGGAGAUGGCCUACAGAGUGGAACAGAUGAACAAGAAGUGUGAUGAAGCUCGACAGGAAAAGGAAGCGAUGGUGAUGAAGUAUGUUCGAGGGGAGAAGGAGGCUCUGGACCUGAGACGGGACAAAGAGAGUCUGGAGAAGAGGCUGAGAGAGGCCACUAAAGAGGUGGACCGGCAAGCUCUCAGAGGGAACCAGCUCGCCCAGGACAAGGGACGUCUGCAGCAGAUGUACGAUGCCAAGGAAGGGGAGGCCACUAGACUCUCUCGGGAGGCAGAAAAAUUAAAAGAAGAGAUCAACUCCCAUCUCAUCAAAGUCAAAUGGGCGCAGAAUAAACUGAAAAGUGAAGCUGAUGCACACAAGGAAACAAAAGACAAACUGAGAGAGACCACGUCUAAACUGGCUCAGGCAAAAGAAGAGACAGAGCAGAUUCGUAAAAAUUGCCAGGACAUGAUCCGAACAUACCAGGAGUCUGAGGAGAUUAGGUCCAAUGAACUGGAUGCCAAACUGAAGGAGACCAAAGGAGAGCUAGAAAAACACAAGCAAGAACAAACGGAUCAAUUAGAGGGUAAAGCAAAGGAGCUAGAAGAUCUGAAGAAAAGUUACCAAAGAAUCCAUGGAUGUAAUAGUAGAGACACUACGCACCAAGUUAAAAUGCUAGAGGAUGAGAGACCACGCUGGGAGGACGAGCUAAGCAAAUACAGAGAAAUUAUCAACCGUCAAAAGGCAGAGAUCGCGGGACGUCAGAGAGACAAACUGGAGGAGAUCACCAAACUGCGAGGGCGCAGCAGCAACGGAACUUUUUUUGCUUACAGUGACCAGGAGGAAAUCUCAGCGCUCCGGGAGGAAGUGGACAGUUUGACAAACCAGCUGUCGGACUUGCAGCAUGAUGUGGCGGGAAGCAGGGAGCGCGAGGCUGAGCUUCUGGGCUUCACGGAAAAACUGAGCAGCAAAAAUGCUCAGCUCCAGUCAGAAAGCAACACUCUACAAGCCCAACUGGACACGCUCACCAACACGCACAUGCAGCUCCAGGGUCUACAAGAGGAGACCAGCCGCAAACUGGAGGAGAAGUCUCGGGAUUUGAAGCAGGAGGAGGCUUUGAGACGACAGGAUGUACAGGGUCUGGAGCAGGAGAGGGCCACUCUGCAGACAGAAUUGUCCCAGCUCAAAACCAGAGUGGACGAGCUAAGAGACGAGCUCACAACUCAGAAAAGGAAACAAGCCGCCAACAUCAAGGAUCUGACAAAACAACUCACUCAAGCUCGUAAAAGAUUAGAGCAGGUUGAAAAUGGAGGCUGCGAACGAGAUGCGAGCAGCAUGGGCAGUCGUUCCAGUUCUUCAGGUAUCAAUCAUCAUAACGGCUCCUUGAAUGCACGGCACAGUGGUAGCGUUGAGGAUCGCUCGCCUGAGAGCCAUUCUGUGGUGGUCACGGACAGUUUUCCAGAGGUGGACAAGGCUGUGCUGGUGGAGCGGAUUGUCCGGCUGCAAAAGGCCCUGGCCCGGAAACAGGAGAAGAUUGAAUUCAUGGAAGACCACAUCAAGCAGCUGGUGGAGGAGAUCCGUAAGAAAACAAAAAUUAUCCAGAGCUAUGUACUGAGAGAGGAGACUGGCGCGCUGUCGUCAGAGGCGUCGGACAUUAACAAAGCCCACCUGAGUCGCAGAGGGGGCAUCAUGGCAUCCCUGUACACCUCGCACCCGGCGGACCAUGGCCUGACCCUUGACCUUUCGCUGGAGAUCAACAGGAAGCUGCAGGCAGUGUUGGAGGACACUCUGCUCAAAAAUAUUACUCUGAAGGAGAAUCUGCAGACGCUGGGGGCAGAGAUCGAGAGGCUCAUCAAACAACAACGUGAUCCCGGCGACAAUGCAAGACGGAAGUAAAAUACAAAAUAACUUGAUAUUUAAGGGAAUUCAGUUUCAUUCAGUUUCGUAAACCAUGUGAAAUUUAAAACAUUAUCCUGCACUCGAUAUUUGGAGACAUCAGUUUAAGUUUUGAAAGUGCCAGUAGCUCGUCAAUUUGAAUCUGGACAUACUUGAACUGCCAUCUGUGAGAACCAAAUAUUCUUCCAGUGGCUCAAGUCUGUCUGUGAAGAGAGCCUUGCAAAAAUCUGCUUAACAAAUCACCUCCUUCCAUCUUGAAUGUACAGCAGAAUAAUCUACUUGGGAAUGGUCACUACAAGAUAAUUUAACCAUUACAAAUGAGUUCAGAGUUCCUUCAUCGCAGCUCCGCUAAGUGGGAUGUGGUUUCCUGGCGUUUCCUCUACCUCUUUUCCCAAGUCCAUCUGCCACAAACCAAAUGUAUUCUUGCUUUUGAACUCGCCACACUCCAUAUGUGAAAAGAAGAAAUGCAUUUGUGGCUUUUACGCACCACCUGCAUCAAUAUUCCCAUUUUCUUUGUGCAGCACUUAAAAACGACCAAGCAAGAAAACAACUUCUGCAAUGUUGAGUGAAGCCAGCUCCAGAAGUGUAGUCAGGCGCCAUGUUUGUGAAUGUGUGCAAAGCUGAAGGAAAGCUGACCAUGUAAUGUUAAAGUGUGUAAAUAGUGAUAAUAGUGUUAAUUUAUUAUUCUUUUGUAGCUAAGAGAAAUUUUAUUUUUAAAUAUGAAUGAUUAUGCUUUUAUUUUAAUCAUAUCUUGUUGAUUUAAAUAUUUUUGCCUCUUUUCUUUUUUACUUCUAUUGGUCACAAUACAGGUGCAUCUCAAUUACAGAACAUUGUGAAAAUGUUAUUUAUUUCAGUGCUUUAAUUCCAUGUGAAUCUCAUGUGAAAUAAACUGAAUGUGCACGGUCAUAAAAUUAAGAGUUUAUAUAUUUUUUAUCAAUUUUUGUUCAUUUAUUGCUUUAUAGCAUUUAAUAAUGCUUAAAAUGUUAUGCAGAAUAGGGAUGCAUGCACUGGACCGUUACUGGCGUCUGAUGUCAGCGCAGAUGUAGAAAAAUUUGGUGAUUCAGAUAUCAGCUUUCAAAUAUUGUUUCAAACAAUUGCAUCUAUAAAUAAAUGUAAUAAAAACAUGUUUACUGAUCAUAGUUGGCCCAGAAAGUAUUUCUGUUUAACGCAACUAAAAUGCUGUUUUACGUCUCUGCGCUGGUAUUGUAACUAUAUAAUUCUGAGUAUCAGCAAAUCAGUAUAACUGAAAACGCUGAAUCAGUGCAUCUUUAAUACAGAACAAAAACUGAUCCUUGUUGCAAAAGCAUGUUGUGUAAAAAUCGUAUAAAAGACCAUACAACUUGUUUGGCUGAAAUGUAAAAGGAGAAAAAAAAAAUAACUUAAACUGAAAUCGUUUAUUUUUCCUUGAUUUAUAAAACAUUGACAUGCACUUGUUGGCACUAGUCAUUUGCAUCUAUGACAUUUCACCAUUAUGAAGAAAAUGAAGUUGAGACUUUGUCUUGACUACACCUGCACUGUGUGUGAUAAUCUCUUCAAGGGAAAGGGGCAAAAAUGUUUUUAUUCCUUUUGAUGAUUUUUUUUUUCUCUAUUUGUUUUUCAGUGGAGCCCAUCAAAAACAAGUCAAAGGGUUUGUAGCUAUAGCUCAGGAGAGCCAAUAGAGAGAAAGAAAUAUAUCCUGGGACAAAGUGCAAUUCUGUUCCUACUUUUAUUAAAUUACCAUUUUAUUUUUAUGUUUUGUGUGGCAGAAAAUUGUCUUUUCAUGAUUGUGAGUUUUGUGUUAUGUUGCCUCUGUGUGCAUGGCUACAAUUUAUGUGCCUUUUUAACAUUGCACAAUUGUGUUUCGGCUGCCUGGGCUUGUGGACAUUCUCCAAAUUGACCCUAAAGUUUUGUAAAAGAUUUCUGAACUAUAAGCACGUACUAGCACCUGCAGAGCUAUACUUCCUCAUUGACACAGCAUGACAAGCAACCUGGUUUAGAAUGUGUAAGCCAUAAGUAUUUGAUGUGAUGGAAAUAGCUGUCACAGGAGAUAAGUCUCUUGCCUCUUUGUAGCUCAAUCGGAUGCUGGCUCUAUGGGUCACGAAUGGUUACUGGUCCAUCUCCGUAGCUACGCCUAAGGGCAGUGUAGAAAUUAAGAGAGAAAAUUUUCGAGGAUCGAGGUCUUACAGCUCUUACAGCCUAACUAUACAGUGCAUCUGGUGUGGAAUGUUUAAUGUAGCAGGAACUGUGUCAGUGUGUUUAACGUCCACAUGACAAGAGGGUACAGUUCCUGUUUUUUUCAUGUCUAGAUAGUUUUUCAUGUACUUUGGUUCCUAUCAACCCAAAACCUACACUGUACUAAUCCUCCAGCAUAGUAGUUUUCUUUUGCCAAACAAAGAACUGGUCAAACACACAGGAUAAACUGACUACUUUACUAACCAGGCAUAAUGUAAUGACUGAUGAUGGUGAUGGUGAAAUUAACACAAAUUAUCUCUACUUAAUUAGUGGCAUCUAUUAUAUAUUAUUAUAUUGUUGCUUAAAGGUUUGUCUGCUGAGUCUGUGUUAAGAAGCUCAACAUUUGGCCAAAAAAAAAUUAUUUUAAAGGAGACAUACAAUGCAAAAUCAACUUAAAUGGGUUUUUAAGCUCAACAGUGUACGCUCAUCAUUGGCUUAUUAAAAAUGUAUAUUGAUAGAUUCCUGCAUGUUUGGGUAACACAGAAAUUUUCAUCGACCCUGCUGUCCAAAAUCUAAAAUGAUUAUAUAUUCAUGUUGUAGUUCAGUACUAAGUCAUUGAAAAAGCGCAUAACAUGUCUUCUCUAAAACAAGAUUCCUGCCCUUGUGCCAUGUUGCUAUAGAAAUCUACCAAAAGUGCCAGGUGCAGAGUGUGGGUUGUGAUUGAUAACAUGAAGAAGCUGAAGAAGUUAAUGCCACACAGAUCAUUGGGUAAUACUGUCCCAACUAUCUCAUCAUAAAUAUUAAUUAAUCGGGCAAAUGAUCAGAAAGCCGUUUAUUUGGCAUCAACUCUCAGAGCAAAUGAAACCAGGCUGUAGCUUUUGUCGGUGAAUGUGAUUUGUGAGUUUCGUAUGUGUAAUGUUGCUUCUCAGUAAAAGAUCAUGAAAAAAAUAUUUGUAUUUCAGUAGCUCUACUUACUACAACUAUACCAAUCAACUGGGUUAUUGUUGGUUUAUCCACUCUUUAUCCCGGCUUCGGACCACGCAAAUCAGGUUUCAUGUGACGUGAACUACUGAAAUUCUGCUUCUUCAUAGUGUUUUACUGAGAAGCAUCUGUUCCUAUGUGUAAUAAGUACGGCAAAAAUGAUUUUAUGAUCUCUCUUCUGUGCAAUGAUUCUCCCCCAUCUGUUAUGUGGAUUAAAAAAACUGUGAUUAUGUAUACAUUGUAGAUAUCGUUCUGUAAAAAUAUGAUGAUGAAAAGUUUUUAAAAACACUGAUUCCGGGUUAUGUUGUAUAUACACAGUGUCUCCAGGGAAUAAAAGGCGCCAACUCUU